AUGUCUGGCAAUAGACCAUCACUUCGUGAACGUAUAAAGUCACCUUUCAGUCGAGCUAAAGAGAAAGUUAAGGAGAAAGUUAAGGAGAAAGCUGCUCAGCAUAAUAUCACAUUCUUCAUACCUCAUAAUUUUUCCAAUGACUCAAAUGAUACGUCUCAUCAUCAUCAUCGAUUUCAUCGUCCACACAUCUCACAAACAUUUCACGGUAUCAAAGAUGCACUAAAAAAUAAGACGAAAAUAUUUGUUGAUGAAAAACUUGAUUUACAUUCGAAUAAAACUGGUUUUUACGAUUCAUUAUUUUCACCAAAGACGGAAAAUGAUUAUUAUCUUAUGACAGCAUUAAUAUGUUUAUGGGUGAUUGCUUCCUUGUGCAUUAUACCGUCGAUUAUCAUUGUUUUUACAACAUCAAAAACGAAGAAAGAUGACGACAAAUCAAAAAAGAAGGAUAGUGGUGCAAGUACCAAUAUGAUAUUUAUACAUAUAUUUAUUUGUGAAUUAUUUUAUCUCAUUUUUGUACUAUUAGCAAUGAUUAAUGCUUACAAAGAUUUUACACUAGGACCAAAUAUCUGUGAUAUAGCAAACUAUGGUGUUUACGUAACAAUUCCCAUAAUGCAAUUUUCAUUAUUAUUUUUAUCGCUAGAACGUUUAGUAAAACAUUUUAAUAUUCAAUUUACAUGUUCAAGAAUAUUUGCAAGAUCAUACGUUGUUCAACUCGUUCUUGUCGGUAUAUGGGUAAUAUGUGCUGGAUUAUUGAUCGCAUUUAUUCUUAUUAAAAGUCAUUUGAAUUUCAAUUUUAUUAAAGAUAAAAUAACUGAUUUGGCGCCACCAUUACUCGGUGAUCUUACUAAACAUUUUAAAAAAAAAACUUUUCGUUGUUCAAUCGAUGGUCGAAUAUCGUCAGUAUUUAAAACAGGAUUCAUUAUCUUAUUUGUUAUCCUUAUUGUCAAACCAAUUAUAAUAGGAGUUGGAUUCAAUUUAUUCUCACCAUGGUGUUGUAAAGGUAAACAGAAAAGAGAGUUAAUUAGUAAAGGUGAACAUCGAACAACAUUUCUUGUUACAAUAUUUUUAUUAUUAAAUAUUUUUUUCUCAUUUCCAUAUUAUUUUGUGUCAAUGUUCAAUAGUGUACUAACGAGGAUACAAUCAACGAAAGACGUAUUUACAAUCGUAUUAAAAAUUUGUUUUAUUUUGAGAAUAUCAAAUAUUAUAUUUGAAUGUUUAGCAUUUUACAUAUUUGAACGAAAUUCAUGGAGAUUUUUAAGUAAAAUAUUAUAUUAUUUAACUUGUAAACGUUUUACAAGAUUGGAAGUAAAUGACGACGAUGUACUAACAAGUACAGAUAAAGGAGUUAACGACUCAAUCAAAGAUUUAUUAAAUCCACAACACUCCUCCAUAUCUAUACACGAGUCAGGCGAGGAUCUGAAUGAAGAUGAUAAUGAGGAUGAUGGAACAAUGAGAAGACAAAAUCAAAAUCAAAAACAAGAUGAACAUAUCGAGCAAAAUCACGUUAAUUCGAAGAAUAAACCAGAAAAACGAAAAUCAUCAGUGUCGUCUGAUGCUGAUGUUGCUCCGCCACAAAAAGUCAAAACAAGUGUUAGACAAGAUUCUGUAAGUAAUGCAUCUUCUGAUGAUGAGAACGAACCAAUAUCUCAGCCGAUAAAGAAUUCCACCAAAACGGAGUAUCGAAAUUUGGUUCAUAAUGAAACAAGUGAUAAUGAAACGAAACCAGCGACUGUCAGAGGUGAAAAGAAGAAAAACAAACCUAUCGAACAAGACAAUAAACAUAAAUCGAAGAGACUCCCGGCUAAUUCAAAAAUGAAUAAUUAUGCUCGUCCAAGAUCAGACGAAGGAUCAACCGAUGAAGAAAAAAACAUAGAUGAUGAUGAUGAUGAUGCUGUAGAGGAAGAUGAAAAUUCUUCGGCUAAUGAAGAAAAUACUAAUAAUAAUAGAUCAAAAAAUCAUGUAGCGAAUCAUAAAAAUAAGAUUAGAAGCAAGAAAGAAACACAGAAGAAUGAACCUUUUAACGAUGGAAUUACUUUUGCACCAAAACAUGCUUCUAAAACAAUAAAUACGAAUAAAUCAAAAACGAUAUCACAUCAUACACAACAGAAUAACAUAAACAAAAAAAAUACAACUAAGGUAAACUUGUCGAAAUAUCACGAUAAAUUAUUAGCAAUAUCCGAUGAAGUUUGA